AUGUUCCUGACCCGCAGCGAGUACGAUCGUGGAGUUAACACUUUCUCUCCGGAAGGUCGGCUUUUCCAAGUGGAAUACGCUAUCGAGGCUGUCAAACUCGGAUCAACAAGUAUCGGAAUCAAGACCAGUGAGGGAGUUUUGUUGGCUGCAGAAAAACGAUCAACGUCGAAGUUGAUGGUAAAUGAUGCUAUCGAGAAAAUUAGCAAAGUCGAUCAACACAUUGGUGUCACUUUCGCUGGUUUGAUCGCUGAUUCUCGUACACUCGUCGAGAGAGCUCAGAUCGAGGCUCAAAACUUCUGGUUCACAUACAAUCGAAAAAUUCGCGUGGAAGACGUCACUCAGUCGGUGGCCAACCUCGCACUUCAGUUCGGUGACGACGAUGUGAAGGCUUCGAUGUCCCGUCCAUUUGGUGUCGCUAUGCUAUUCGCCGGAGUCGACCAGGAAGGUGCCAAGCUGUUCCACCUCGAUCCAUCAGGAACAUUCAUCGAUUGUAAGGCUAAGUCGAUUGGAGCUGCAAGUGAUGGAGCCGAACAGAAUCUCAAGGAGCAAUACCAUGAUGCUCUUACUAUCAAGGAAGCUCUCAAGAUGGCGCUAGCCAUUCUUAAGCAAGUAAUGGAGGAGAAGUUAAACUCAGCAAACGUCGAAGUUGUUGUCAUCAAGCCAGCAGUCGAUGGUAAAGGACGCCCAAUUGGCGAGUUCACAAGAGUCUCGAAUGAGGAGCUUGAUACAGUGAUCACCUCCCUCUGA